CUUCAGACUAAAUAAUUAACUCAUUGACCUACGACAGUAGGAUUUGAAUUAAUUGUUUAGUACGUAGUAAUUCCCGACAGGGAUAGCUAGCACAUUCGUGAUAUCCUGGCUGUAGAGGUAUGGAUUAAAUUGAUUGGAAUAUGUGAAUUAAUCUGGAUAGGAUAGGUAGUGAAUCCUGGUGUUUCUCCCAGAGCUUUCUCCCAUUGAAUUAAACCCGACAUUUUAAUUUGCUUGUUUUGUUUAAUUACUUUGCUAGUAGAUCAUAGUUUCAUCUCAUUAAACAUUUUCACAUAUAGUUUGCUCUACAAACUUGAUAAAUCAUAAGGUUGUACCAGUCCCUGAGAGACGAUACCCGGACUUUCCGGUUUACUACGAGAUAGUAAAUUGGCAUAUACGCUUUUGCCCUAUCAAGUUUUUGGCGCCGUUGCCGGGGACUGCCAUACCUUAUUUUUAUUGAUUUUUGUGAGUGAACUAUUUUGAUCUGGGUGUUAGUGUGCAGAAGAAUUUUCAGGUUUAUCCUCCUCGUGCAUGCCUAGGAGGACGACCGGCGAUUUACUGCCACUAGAUCUGGAGAUCGAGAAGACCUGCCGACAGAACAGGAAGCAGGUCAAGUUAGGGAAGCAGCCAACCACAACCACUAGGCCUUCCCUAACCCAGAGAGGGCAGGCUUCAUCACCUGUCGUCCCUACACCACCACCCCACACUCAACAGCUAGCCAUCAACAAUAAUUUACAAUCGUCUAUGCUAGCUAUGGAGAGGCAGAUGGGACAGAUGGCUCAAACUUUGGCAGAUAUGCAAGGCAGGAUUCCUGGGACAUUACCAGCAAAUACUGAGAGGAAUCCGAAGGAUGCCAUGGUUGUAGCAGUGACAUUGAGGAGUGGAAAGGCCUUGGAAGACCCUAGCAGCUCGAAAAAGGUACCAGAGGCAGAAGAGGAAGCACCGGGAGAAAGAUCUUGUGCAGAAAAUGAAGAAUCAGCCUUGCACAGGCAAAAUGAAAGCAGUUUGCCUGUGCAAAAGCAUGCUGCCCGUGUACCUCAAAAAGUGGAAAAAUUGAAGAAUGAAGAGGUAAAACCUUAUGAACCUCCCGCACCAUUCCCUCAAAGGUUAAUGAAGCCCAUGGAAGACCCAAACUUCAAGAAAUUUGUGAAUAUCUUCAAGCAACUUCAGAUUAACAUACCCUUGGCGGAGGCACUUGAACAAAUGCCUACAUAUGCUAAAUUCUUAAGGGAGUUGCUGACAAAGAAGCGGAAAUGGGCUGAUCUAGAGAAGGUAACCCUUACUUCUGAAUGUAGUGCUGUGAUUCAGAAUAAAUUACCAGAAAAGAGGGAUGAUCCGGGCAGCUUCACCAUUCCAUGUGUCAUUGGAGGUACAGAAUUCAAUAAAUCACUUUGUGAUCUUGGAGCAGGAAUUAAUUUGAUGCCAUACUCAGUCUACAAGAAAUUGGGAUUGGGAGAUGUUCUUAAGCCUACUCGGAUCACUCUCCAAUUGGCUGAUCGAUCAGUAAAAAUUCCGAAAGGAGUGGUGGAGAAUGUAUUGGUGAAGGUGGGGAAGUUUAUUCUCCCAACAGAUUUUGUAAUUCUGGAGAUGGAAGAUGAUCGAGGAGUGCCUCUAAUUCUCGGCAGACCUUUUCUAGCAACUGGUGAUGCACUCAUCGAUGUUGGGAGAGGCAAGUUGACAUUCCGAGUAGGUAAGGAGGAGGAAAUUUUUAAUGUCUUUCAAGUUGACCAUAAUCAUGAUGAAUUUGAAAGUGGAGCUCGAGAAAGGGAAAAUUCUUCUUCCUGUGAUAGUGGACCACCCAAAGAACUAUCACAUGUCCUAGCAGUUGAAAGUCUGAAAUCAAAGCAAGGGCAGAAAUCCUUGCCAGGUUACCUCAAGUAUCGAUAUUUGGGUAAGGAUUUCAACCUUCCUGUUAUUAUUCCUUCUUCACUAACAUCAAAACAGGAAGAGUACUUGCUUGAGGCACUGCAGUACCACCUACGCCUCACUAAAGGGUCUAACAUGCCAGCUAAGAAGGUCGUACCCAAUUUUCGCACACCUGGCCCUGCAGAGGUGACUCAUAUGUUGGAUGGAGGUUAUGCGUUUAAUCAUUGCUCGGGAGGGUAUGCUGGAUAGCUUUCCAUACCCAUUGGUUGAAAGCUCCAUGAACGUCAGGCUGAGGACGUUAAACAAGCGCUUCUUGGGAGGCAACCCAAGGUAAGUUUUCUUUUCUUUAUUUUUCUUUUUUGUUGUGUCAAACCCGUGCAUGUUUAGAUUAGGAGUUGAACAUUAGGGACAAUGUUCCAUCCUGAGUGUGGGGUGGUGAGUCUUAUUGUUGUUUGUCCCUGUUGCAUGUGGUAAAAAAAAAUUCAAAAAAAAAACAAAAAAAAUUGCCAUUAGGUUGAGCACAGCCAAACUGCAUGCAGUUUGCCUGUGUAAAAAGCAGUCUGCCUGUGUAAAAAGCAUGCUGCCUGUGCAAAGCUAAUGGCUAAAAAACACCUAAAAAUCAGAAAAAUUUAAAACAAAACCUUGUACUCUUGUGGUAACAUGAUGUAAAUGACCGUGAUGCCUUGAAAAUGAGUUUGUGCUUGAAUGAAAUCAUCGAAAUCAC